AUGCAUUCACACCCUACCUUCUUCACUCCAACCUCGGGCGUUCGCCGCAUGGACAUCACCACCACGAGCGCCUUGCGGCUCACAUUGGGGGACUCAGGGUCGGACUGUCUGCACUGGUGCCAGCCGGGAGUGCCAGACGUGUGGGUCGACCUCUUCUACGAGAUGCUGCGCCGGGAGCCUCUCAUCAACCCCAUUCUCUCUUUCCCCAAUUCCCUCUCCUCCCCUGUUGUUUGUCCCCUCCUAAACCCCAAAUCCCCAAAACACCAGAAGAAGAAAGGGUCCGACUGUCUACACUGGUGCCAGCCGGGAGUGCCAGACGUGUGGGUCGACCUCUUCUACGAAAUGCUUCGCCGGGAACCCCUCAUCAACCCCACUCCCGACGGCCUCUACGCUCCUGCGCCUCCGCCCUCUCCUCCCAAGCCUAGCCCCAAACCGAUUCCCAAACCAAGCCCCGAACCGAGCCCCGACCCGAGUACCAAGCCUAGUCCCAAGCCUGCUCCCAAGCCCAGUCCCAAGCCUGUUCCCAAACCUGCUCCCAAGCCUGCUCCCAAGCCUGCUCCCAAGCCUGCUCCCAAGCCUGCUCCCAAGCCUGUUCCCAAGCCCAGUCCCAAGCCUGCUCCCAAGCCUAGCCCAAAGCCCAGCCCCAAGCCUGCUCCCAAGCCUGUCCCCGUACCUACACCCAAACCCGCCACCUCGCCCACCCCAUCCCCCCCAGCUUCCAGCUUCAAGCCCCGUGAGCCAGGCAGCCCUGGGGGCUUUAAGUGGCGCUCUGUGCUCUCUGACCCUCCUGUUGAAUCUGAUAAAAUGGCGGCUCUGGCACAAGAAGAUGAGCUGUCUACUGGAGCUUGUUGUAACAAUGUUACCAGCAGAGCAGCCAGUGAGGAAGGGCAGCAGCCGCAGCAACAGCGGCAGCAGCAGCAGCAGCAGCAGCAACAGCGGCAGCAGCACUAG